CGACAAACACAGUUCAAAUACUGAACUUACUCAUAACGGACUUUCUUUAACUAUUUAAGAACAAAAAUGUUCAAAUUAUUACCCAUUUUAAUAGUGGGUUUAGCCUUAACAGCUAAUGCCAGAGAUUGGUGGGAAAAUGGCAAUUUCUAUCAGGUCUAUCCUAGAUCUUUUAAGGACAGCAAUGGUGAUGGCAUAGGUGAUUUAAAUGGUGUGGCUGAGAAAAUUCAAUAUCUUAAGGAUUUGGGCAUGGAUGGUGUUUGGUUGUCGCCCAUUAUGAAAUCGCCCAUGGCUGAUUUUGGUUAUGAUAUUUCCGAUUAUUAUCAAAUACAGGGAGAGUAUGGUUCUUUGGAUGAUCUCUUGGCUUUGGUGGAGAAAGCUCAUGAAGUGGGCAUUAAUUUAAUUUUGGAUUUUGUACCCAAUCAUACUAGUGAUGAGCAUGAAUGGUUCCAAAAGUCGGUGGCCAAUGAUUCUCAAUAUCGCGAUUUCUAUGUAUGGCAUGAUGGUGUUUAUAAUCCCUCUACCGGCAAACGUGAUCCUCCUAGCAAUUGGCUUUCGCAAUUCAAAUUCUCUGCCUGGGAAUGGAAUGAUCAGAGACAGCAAUAUUAUCUACAUCAAUUUGGUGUUAAACAACCUGAUCUUAAUUACCGCAAUCCUGCCGUAGUCCAGGCCAUGAAAGAUGUUUUGGUAUUUUGGUUAGAUCAUGGCAUCGAUGGUUUUCGUAUUGAUGCUGUACCUUUCCUGUUUGAAAAUGAAAUUGAUGCCAGAACUGGCACUUAUCCGGAUGAACCUUUAGAUGAGUCUAAUGCCUGUCCUGAUCCCACGGAUUGGUGUCAUUUGAAACAUCCCUAUACUAACUCCUUGCCCGAAUCCACCGAAAUGAUUUAUCAAUGGCGUGAGGUUAUCGAAAACUGGAAACGUGAACAUAAUUCCUCCACCAAGAUCUUAUUAACCGAGGCUUACACUAGUUUCGAGAACCUAAUGCUAAUGUAUGGUGAUGGUGAGCGCAAUGGUUCACAUAUUCCCUUUAAUUUUGAAAUGCUAUCGGGCUUGACCAAGAGCAGCAGGGCUGCCGAUUUUCAAUACUAUGUCACACAUUGGUUGGAUAAUAUGCCUGAUGGCACCUUUGCCAACUGGGUAUUGGGUAAUCAUGAUAAUCGUAGAUUGGCUUCACGUUUGGGUACCGAACGUAAGGACUUGAUCAAUAUAUUCUUGCAGACCUUACCCGGCAUAGCAGUGACUUAUAAUGGUGAAGAAUAUGGCGCUGAAGAUGUUGAUGUUUCCUGGGAGGAUACUGUAGAUCCUCAGGGUUGUAAUGCUGGCCGCGAUACUUAUGAAAAAUAUACCAGAGAUCCUGCUAGAACACCUUUCAGAUGGGAUUCCUCGAAAAAUGCUGGCUUCAGUUCGGCUGAUAAAACUUGGUUGCCGGUGGGUUCCGGCUAUGAACAGGAAAAUGUACAACAACAACUACAGGAUGACAAUAGUCAUUUGAAAAUCUUUAAACGUCUAACCCGCCUAAGGAAAGAGGAACCAGCUUUUAGUGGCAGAAAAGUUGAUCCACAUGUCCAAGGACAAGUAUUGAUCUAUGAAAGAUCUCCUUCAUCUGCUAACGAUGCUGAAGCCGACUCCUUUUUGGUUAUUUUGAACAUUGGUGGCUCUGAUGCUGCUAUUGAAUUAAGUCAAUUUUCUGAUAAGGUUGGCUCUCAGGUUGAAGUGGUAGUCAGCUCGUUACAAUCCGGUUUACAAGAGGGACAACUUGUGGAUUCUUCAAACUUUGUGGCCAAAGGUUAUGUUGGUUAUGUCUUGCGUUUGGUUUAAAAUUAUACAAAAAUUGUUAAUCAUAUCAAAUAUACAUAAAUAAAUAUUGCAUUGUUAAAACUAAA